AUGGCCCUUUGGCCCUUCCGCCGGAGGAGCGGUCGCAAACGCUCGCGAAGCGGCGCAAACCUCUCAGAUGUCGAGGCACCACCAACACCAUCACAAGCACGACGUCUCACAGCGGGCGAAGCCACUGCGCUGAGGGCGACCAUGCCGAAGAAGCAGCGCCUCGAAAAACAGCAACCGGCGCCCAGAAGAGAACGCACCUACAGCUUCUCCCCUGGUCGCAAUGACUCCAUCCGUGUCGCGGGGCAAAAAGGCUCGGUUCCACUAGGACCUGGCCGGUUGACAGGGCUCUUCCCAGCCGACCGAAAUGACGGAGAAGAAAAAGGGGAUCCCGCGUGGCAGCGGGCGCCAACCCUACAUAAUGCACGCCACGGCCAACCGUCGAGGUCUUCCCGACGCAAGACUAGCAAGAGGAGGAGAGAAGAGACGGAUCGUGAGGCGGAAAUCAAGGCCAUGGCAAACUUCGCCCCGGUACGACCGGCGGCCGACCCUUGGACGUCAGGGCGGCCCAUCAGGAAACAGAGCAAAAGACUCAAGACCGGCCUCGGCUUUCGUAGGAGCUUCGAAAACCCGCAGUCCGACGUUUCGCUACCGAUAUCGAUUCACUCCAGUAUGUCAUCCGACACGGAGCUGCAUUCGUUCCGAGUGUCUGCCCUCGAGGCACUAUCACCCCGACCAACACUACGAUACGCAGUAUACCCGCGAUGGGGUCCUGGACAUGGUUCGGCGCCAUCGCGCACACAACAACAGAAGAGGAAAGUUUCAGAGAGGGUGCCUGAGUCAGUGGUGAGGGCACACAAGAGGGUCGACAGCUUUGCGGAUGACUUGGACGCCGCCGACCUGAGGGAACUGAUGGAGAGAGAUAACAGGAGGAGAGAAAGGAAACGCCAACGAGAUCAGGAACGGAUAGAGAGGAGACUGGCACGGAGAUCAGAAAAGCAGCGCGAGGCUGUGGCGGAGGCCCGUCACAGCGGAUCACCGCCGCCAGUCAACAUGGAACGCGGUGUCCUCGGUCGCGAGCUCGGAUUGGGGAUUGACGCAGCGUCUGCAGUGGUCACCUCUUCCAGGAGACGGUCAUGGAGCUCAUCAAGGCAUUCAAGGAACAUUUCAACGACCAAAGACUCCGAGCCGGAGCAGGAGCAGACACAGGAACAGGUGCCGGAGCAGGAACCGCAGCCCGAGACGAUGGAUAUGGAGCCCGAACCGGCGGCCGUGCACCACUUUCACCGGACGACAAGCAUCCCGCCAGAGGCACCGCCUUCGCCGACGCUGCCCGCGCAGCCCGUUCCGGAGCGCAAGACGAGCAAGAAACUUACGCCCAAGGCCAGCGUGAGGUUGAAGAGGAGCUUCCUGAGGAGGAUUUCGAGAUCAAGAUCGCCCAAUGCCACAGAGUCCGACCAACACGCAAUCUCACAAUAUUCAUCGAGACAGGAUGAGGGCGAGGCCCCCCGCAAGGACAGCCGUACUCGCAUCUCUUUCUCGGCGCUAUUCCGCCUGGGCAAGAGGAACAGGAGAAACUCAGGACCGUCUUCCUUCUCGAAUACAUCGCGCGAGACAAUGCAGGCUUCAGCCGCCGCCCAGGUCUACUCGCAGUCGGCGACGCAUGUGCCUCAGCCACAAGAAGAGGCGCCAGUACAAGUGCCGAUGCCUGCGAUCCCCCCACCUGUCAACUAUAUUCCUCGCAAGGUCAGCAACGGCGUUCCCAAGCGGACUAGGUCGCGCUUCAGGGAGGACUUGCCGGAGCUGCCCCUCAGCCCGCCCGAUUCGCGUGUAGGGUCUCCGGAAGUGGAGAUGCCUCCUCUGCCUGUUGUCUCAGAGUCCAAGUCGGGAGAGAUUUCGCUGCACACCACGCCUGCCGUGAGACAUGAUACUCCGACAUCCGACCUGCGACGCGUUGAUGAGAAGAUGGAAAAGAUGGAGAAGCUGGAGAAGAUGCGGCAGACACCCACGUCGCUGCGACAUAGCAUCCAACCUUCUCCCGAGCCUGUCUCCCUUGCGUCCAUUGACUCGGAAGGAUCAUGGCUCUCCGGCCGCGUCGGAGCCCGUCGCUCGUCGGGCAUGCGCGGUAGCAUGCAGCGUCUCCCGCCCCACAACAUUAGCCAUUCCGCCUCGCCCAACGACACGGAGGAAGAGCUCGCCGACGAUGAGUACCUGUCCAACCUCGCCACGCCGUCCCGCGAAAUGCUCGCCGACGAAGAGCGCACCCCGCGCAAGUCGACGGGCGACGCAUUCCCCAGCAGCGACGAGGACGAGAUGAUGGAAGACGCGGAUAUGAAGUGGGGCUCGGUCGACAGGCAGCGCACCACGGUCGUGCAGCAUCAGAGAGUCAAGAGCCGCGAGGGCAUGCUGAAGUCGUACACAGAGGACAGCACGUCGCCCGAGGGCUCCGAGGAAGGCGAGACGCCCAAGCUUCAACGCGCCACGAGCGUGAGCCUCAGCAGAGGCAACGCCAGGCAUGUGAGCGCGGGGAGCACCAAGAUGCUCGAGGUCUCGCCCCGCUCGAGCGUUGACAACAGGAGGAGUACUGAUGCAGUAUUUUGA